UCCCCCCCUCUAACACGAGACAAAACAAAACAAGUAAACAACUUCAUAAAAAAGCAACUCGGUGGCUGCUGAAAGGGCCACUGUUACUCCACUUGUCUUCCAUUCAACGUCUCAUUAUUUUUAUUUUCCCUUCAAUAAAUCCUUUCUUUCAUUCAUUUAUCUCAAAAAAAAACUACAACCCUUUGUUUAGAUUUCAGCUUCGACUCCUUCUCCCAUGGCUUGUCUGAGCGAUGAGAGUUGGGUUUCAUCAAUGCUAUCUAAACGAUUAUCUAUCGAAGAAGGAAAAGAAGAUGGAGUGAAGGAAGAGGAAACCACAAAUUCUUUUGCUUCAGACUCUACAAAUUUUCCCUUCGAGAAGGUUUUUCCUGUUUAUGCGAUGGGGUUUUUGAAGCCUGAAUCAGACCCUGUUUUAUUGCCGGCUGAUUCCAGAGACCCCAUCUGGGAUGCUGUUAGAGAAGAGGCUAAGAUAGAGGCGGAAAAAGAACCGAUUUUGAGUAGCUUUUUAUAUGCUAGUAUUUUGUCGCAUGAUUGCCUAGAGCAAGCAUUGGCAUUUGUUCUCGCAAAUCGGCUGCAAAAUCCUACUCUAUUGGCAACCCAAUUAUUGGAUACAAUUUCUAAUGUAAUAAUGAAGGAUAGAGGUAUUCAGCAUUCUAUUCGCCUAGAUAUGCAGGCAUUUAAAGACCGAGAUCCUGCCUGUUUGUCAUAUUGUUCUGCUCUAUUGUAUCUCAAGGGAUACCAUUCCCUGCAAUCCUAUAGAGUAGCACAUGUUUUGUGGAACCAAGGACGGACAGUACUGGCCUUGGCAUUGCAAAGCCGAAUCAGCGAGGUUUUUGGCAUUGACAUACAUCCAGCUUCCAGAAUUGGAGAGGGCAUAUUAUUGGAUCAUGGGACGGGUGUGGUUGUUGGUGAAACUGCUGUCAUUGGAAACAGAGUCUCGUUAAUGCAUGGUGUUACUUUAGGAGGAACAGGGAAAGAAAUUGGUGAUCGCCAUCCAAAAGUAGGUGAUGGUGCACUAAUUGGAGCAUGUGUGAUAAUACUUGGGAAUAUAAAAAUAGGUGAAGGGGCUAUGAUAGCUGCUGGGUCUCUUGUAUUAAAAGAUGUCCCCCCGCACAGUAUGGUGGCAGGAACGCCAGCAAAGGUGAUUGGAUACAUGGAUGAGAAAGAUCCAUCUCUAACAAUGAAUCAUGAUGCUAGCAAAGAAUUCUUUGAACAUGUGGCCGUCACUUUUAGAGAUGGAAGAUCCAAUCAUAACUGAAGCUCGGGAUGAGGGGAAAAAUGGCAAGGGUACUUGAAGAUUCGCACAGGCUUAGCUUAGGUCUCCUCUGCCAAUGAAAGCCGUUGUCUCAGUUGGAGAAAACGCACUAUAGUCUAGAGACAGCAAUUUACUUGCAGAAUAAUCGAAGGACAAGUUUAUAAUAGUUGUAAUAGGCUAUCAUUUAUAUGCCUUUAUAAUAUAGGUUCUCUUACAAUUCUUUGUAGUUCAAAGUUUUCGUGGAAGAACUUUGCCUUUCAAUUUUAA